GAUGAGAAAGGACAGAAAGUUAAGAUGAAAAGGCACAAGAAAAUAAUCCAAACAAGUUCAGAGCAGGAGACGAGUGAGGAAGAAACCAAUGAAGAAGAGUUCAGGCCAGAGUCUCUAACAGCAGAGGAGCUGCAGGUGCUGGAAGAGGAAGUGGAAGAGAGAAAGAAACUGAUUCAGAGUCUUCGUGGAAAGCCCUGGUCCAUGAAAAAGAAGCUACAAACAUUACGGGAGUCUCAGGAGUUUGUAGAGAACUAUGAAGGGGCCUUGGGCAAAGGGAAAGGUAGAAAGUUCUACGCGUACAAGGUCAUGUUGACGAAGAAAUGGAUGAAGUUUCAACGGGACUUUGAAAACUUUAAAACUGCUUGCAUCCCAUGGGAAAUGAAAAUCAAAGAGAUUGAAAGUCACUUUGGUUCUUCUGUUGCCUCUUACUUCAUCUUCUUGAGGUGGAUGUAUGGCAUCAACAUGAUUUUGUUCGGUCUGACCUUCGGCCUGGUCAUGGUGCCAGAGGCAUUAAUGGGACGGCCCUAUGGCAGCAUUCCAAGAAAGACGGUUCCAAGGGCUGAUGAAGGAGGUGCUAUGGACUUUGCUGUCUUAUGGGACUUUGGGGGUUAUGCACAGUACUCCGUCCUGUUCUACGGUUACUACAAUGAUCAGCGUGCCAUUGGUUGGCUCAAGUUUCGUAUGCCUCUGUCUUAUUUCCUGGUCGGAGUAGGAACAGUAGCCUACAGCUACAUGGUGGUCAUUAGAACGAUGGCCUGCAAUUCAAAUGAAACCGGGGUCGGUGAUGACAACAGCUUUAAUUUCAGCUGGAAAAUGUUCACAAGUUGGGACUAUUUGAUAGGGAAUGCCGAAACUGCGGACAAUAAAUUUGCCUCCAUCACCACCAGUUUUAAGGAAGCCAUUUUAGAAGAGCAAGAAAGCCGUAAAGAUGACAACAUCCAUCUGACCCGCUUCUUGCGAGUGCUGGCCAAUUUUCUGGUCUUGUGCUGCUUAGCAGGAAGUGGAUAUCUUAUUUACUUUGUUGUGCGGCGCUCUCAGAAGUUUGCCCUGGACGGACUGGAAAAUCAUACCUGGUGGGAGAGGAAUGAGGUAAAUAUGAUCAUGUCAUUACUGGGAAUGUUCUGUCCGAUGUUGUUUGACAUCAUUAGUACCCUGGAGAAUUAUCACCCUCGAGUCGCCCUGCAGUGGCAGUUGGGGCGCAUCUUUGCCCUGUUCUUGGGAAACCUGUACACCUUCAUCAUUGCACUCAUGGAUGAGAUCAACCUCAAAAGGGAAGAGGAAAAAAUAGUCAAGUUUAAUAUAACGCUGUGGGAAGCCAGUUUUUAUAAUAGCACCUUAUCAGGAAACAUUACUGAGCUGCCUUCUGUUCAUCCUGCUGAUGUGCCCCGUGGACCCUGUUGGGAGACUAUGGUGGGACAGGAGUUUGUACGUCUCAUCAUAUCUGACACCAUGACAACCUACGCGACUCUACUUAUUGGUGAUUUUCUGAGAGCUGUCCUUGUUCGUUUUCUCAACUACUGCUGGUGCUGGGACUUGGAAGCCGGAUUUCCAUCAUACUCUGAGUUUGAUGUCAGUGGGAAUGUCCUUGGAUUGAUCUUCAAUCAAGGAAUGAUUUGGAUGGGUGCCUUCUAUGCUCCAUGCCUGCCAGCCCUGAAUGUCCUCAGACUCCAUGUGUCCAUGUACCUUCAGUGUUGGGCAGUCAUGUGCUGUAAUGUGCCGCAGGAAAGAGUCUUCAAGGCGUCUCGCUCUAAUAACUUCUAUAUGGCCAUGUUACUGGUCAUCCUCUUCCUGUCCACACUACCUGCAAUGUACACCAUUGUCACAAUCCCUCCCUCUUUUGAUUGUGGACCAUUCAGUGGAAAGAAUCGUAUGUUUGAUGUCAUCCAUGAGACCUUAGAAUCAGACUUUCCAGCCUGGUUUGGAAAAGUGUUCAGCUAUGCUUCAAAUCCUGGAUUGGUGCUACCCUUCAUGUUGUUGAUGGUGUUGGCCAUCUAUUAUCUGCAGUCUACAUCAAAAAGUUACAAAGAAGCAAAUGCUGAGCUAAAGAAGAAAUUACAGAUGCAAAAUGAAGAGAACAAGAGAAAGAACAAGCAGGCUGCACUGAAGGCCGUAAUGGAUUUGGAAGAGGCCAGAAAAGCUGGAUCAGAGGUUGAAGAAAAACAGAAGAGCAACAAAGCUUUGCUGAAGGAUGAUGAACUAAAGCAUGGUAAAUCGCAGAAAGCACAUCAUGGCAAGAAUGUACACAAUAUCCCUGCAGUUGGAGACCAAGUACGUCCAUCAAACAGAACUGGGAGCUAUCACAACAGCAAGGCUUCUAGGUACCUGCCUGGUUUCGCUCAGCAAAGUGAUCAGAAGAUACAAAGGGUGCCAAGGCUGCAAAGAGACUGA